CCGGCCCUCCCUUCGUGGUGAUUUUCCUGUCCGGGACGCCCGGGAAGGGCGCGCGGCUGGUGUCCGCCCAGCCCGAAAGCACUUGCAAGUGGAGAAGCAGCCCAACCCUUUAUCUUGGGUGGUUGCUAGUGGAGAAGCUCUGACAAUUUAGCAGGUGGGCUCCUGGGCCUCUAGGACCCUUACCACAUCCUUUGCCUUCAGGAGCAGAGUGACCUUCAGGAGUAAGAGUGACCUUCAGGAGCAGAGCGCCUUUGGGAAACAGAUUCCUAAAAGUGCAGGUGGGCCAGCCAUGAGAGGGUACCUUGUGGCCAUAUUCCUGAGUGCUGUCUUUCUCUAUUAUGUGCUGCAUUGUAUAUUAUGGGGAACAAACGUCUAUUGGGUGCCACCUGUGGAAAUGAAGCGGAGAAAUAAGAUCCAGCCUUGUUUAUCGAAGCCAGCUUUUGCCUCUCUCCUGAGGUUUCAUCAGUUUCACCCUUUUCUGUGUGCAGCUGAUUUUAAAAAGAUUGCUUCCUUGUAUGGUAGCGAUAAGUUUGAUUUGCCCUAUGGGAUAAGAACAUCAGCGGAAUAUUUUCGACUUGCUCUUUCAAAACUGCAGAGUUGUGAUCUCUUUGACGAGUUUGACAAUGUGCCAUGUAAAAAGUGCGUGGUUGUUGGUAAUGGAGGAGUUUUGAAGAAUAAGACAUUAGGAGAAAAAAUUGACUCCUAUGAUGUAAUAAUAAGAAUGAAUAAUGGUCCUGUUUUAGGACAUGAAGAGGAAGUUGGGAGAAGGACAACCUUCCGACUUUUUUAUCCAGAAUCUGUUUUUUCAGAUCCCAAUCACAACGAUCCUAAUACUACGGCGGUUCUCACUGCUUUUAAGCCGCUUGAUUUAAAGUGGCUGUGGGACUUGUUGACGGGUGGCAAAAUAAACACUAAUGGUUUUUGGAAGAAACCAGCCUUAAACUUGAUCUACAAACCUUAUCAAAUCAGAGUAUUAGAUCCUUUCAUUAUCAGAAUGGCAGCUUAUGAACUGCUUCACUUCCCAAAAGUGUUUCCCAAAAAUCAGAAACCCAAACACCCCACAACAGGAAUUAUUGCCAUCACGUUGGCCUUUCACAUAUGUCAUGAAGUUCACCUUGCUGGUUUUAAAUACAACUUUUCUGACCUCAAGAGUCCUUUGCACUAUUAUGGGAAUGCCACCAUGUCUUUGAUGAAUAAGAAUGCAUAUCACAAUGUGACAGCAGAGCAGCUCUUUUUGAAGGACAUUAUAGAAAAAAACUUUGUAAUCAACUUGACUGAAGAUUGACUCUACAGACUCAGAAGACUAUGCUAACAGUAUUAGUUUUAUUUUUAUACGGCAGUUUUUAGUUUAUUUUUAAAUAUGUUGGAUGCACUUGUCAAAAAAUUGUGUAUAUUAAGUCUGUUGCUGCCUGGUGAUUCAUAACCACCAGCUUAAUUUCUGUGAAUAUAUUUAAUUUAUAAAAACCAAGAUAUGUUUAGUUAUCAGGGAAAGUUUGGAUUGCAUUGUUUUUAAAACAAGCUAGUUUUCCGAAGUGUUUCUAAACAUCUUUUUAUAUAGACUUCAUCUUAGACUUUUGAGGGCAUGUGGCUUCCUAAUAAGGGGCUUUAGCUGACCACAAUUUUUGAACACAUUUGGCUACUCUGAAUUAGUGGGGAAUGGCCAUGUGGUUGUGCCUCGAUACGGCAGACUGGAGCCACUUUCGGCAUGUAGCUAAAUGAUUGUGUUGUACCUGAGGAAACAGAUUUGGAUCUUAAAGCAGCCCUGAACACAGCAGUAGGUAUGGUUAUGGAAAUCCAAGAUCAGACUGGUUUCAUUAAGCUUUUUUUGUCCUGCAGUUAAGUAAACCAUGAUUGUAAUGAGUGAUCUGGUAAAAGGAAGGUGUGUUUUUAAGGUGAAGGAAAUAGAUUAACAUGAAAUUCUGUACGAGUAAAUAAGCUAAGAAUGCCACUUA